UCAUUGUCAAAUACCAUGUGGUAUUUAUGUGUCGACCGUGUAUUUUAUUACAAGUAAAGGAUUUUAGCAAUUGUUUUGAAAUGGAUUAUGUUGUAGGCAGUGUGGCUGCUCUAAUAUCGGGUAACGUAACUCCAAAUCGACCUAAACUUGUCCGCAGAGCCCUAACUCCUAUGAAACACCAACCUUCACCAAAUGUGACUCCGAAGAGUGAGUUCGUUGAGGAUAGGUCUAUAUUUCUCUCUCCGACACUGCAAAAGAAGAAAGCUAUUGUCAAGAAGUCGCCCAAAAGAAUUUUCGAAAAUCCAGAUUUAGAUGUGGCUUCAGAAAAUGAAGGUAACGAUAGCCCCAGUAGUCCUAAAGCUGACAAAGUGAAAAAGCAUUUGCAAGAGGAAUUAUUAGACAAUUCGAAAGGAAGUCCAAUAUCACCUAAAAAUAAAAAGAAUAUAUCAUUAGACAUGUCUGGUGAUAAUUCAGACAGUGUUGAAGGUGCAACACCUAAAAAGAAGAAAAACAAAAGUUCUGUUAGUGAUCGUGUAGAUGAUACUCAAAAUAAUGAAACGCCUAAGAAGAAAAAUAGUAAGGUCACAGCGGGCACUGAAAAUAUAUCUGAAAAUCUAGAGACAAAUGUAAGCCCUAAGAAAAGUAAAAAGAAAUUAUCAGUUCAAAUUCAACAAAAUAUAGAAGAGGCAGAAUCGGAAUCACCAAAAAAGAAAAAUAAGAAACGAAAGCACAGUGAAAAUACUGAAACUGAAAAUGGAUCUGGCAACACAGUUGACACCACAGUAGAAGUGAAUAAAAAAAAGAAAAAGAAAAAUAAGAAACAGAACAAAAAUCUCGAAUCAGCAGAAGAAAAUGUAUCACAGAAAGAGAAUUCAAAAAAAUUAAAACAGAAGAUGCAAGUGAAUCCCAAUGCAAUAACCGAACAAGACACAGACUCUGAACAUGAAUCAGAUAACGAAAUAGAGUCUGAAAAUGAUGAGGCUAAUAAGGAAAUACUUGACACUGGCCCAGCACAGGAUAGUUCUGAUGAAGAAGAAGAAGCAGCCCCUAAAAAGCCGGAGAAAGUGGAAACACCAGAAGCAAGUGAGGACGAAGUCAGGAGAACUCUAUUUGUAGGCAAUGUGCCGUUCACCAAGAAAUGCAAGAAGGAAAUCAAGAAGAUCUUCAGCAAAUAUGGCACUAUUGAGACUGUGAGAAUCCGCACAGUACCAAUAAAGGACCCCCGCUUCACCCCCAAGUUGGCGUUGAUCAAGAACGAGCUGCAUCCAGAACGGUCAACUGUCAAUGUGUAUGUCAAGUUCAAAGAAGAAUCUUCCGUCGAACAGGCCCUGGCAGAAAACAACACAGUGCUAAACGAUCACCAUUUAAGAGUGACCCGCAGCGACAGCGCAGGCGCGACGCACGAUCGCGCGUGCGCAGUGUUCGUGGGCAACCUGCCCUUCGCGCUCGAGGACGAGCGCCUGCGGGACAAGUUCGCGGCUUGCGGGGAGAUCCACUCGGUCAGGAUCAUUAGGGAUAAGAAAACUAAUGCCGGGAAAGGUUUCGGCUACAUAAACUUCGCAUCAAAAGACGGCGUGGAGCUAGCCCUGAACAUGAAGGACGCAGACCUGACGAUCAAGAACAGGAUACUGAGAGUGAAGCGCUGCGUGCAGACCAAGCCGGGUUCGAACCCGGGACCGAAAGGACAUAACCAGGGGGGACAUAACCAAGAUUUCGUGAGAAGAAACGACGGCCAAGUUGGAAUAAAACAAGGAGGCAAAUUUCAAAGGAAGUUUCAAGGACAAGGUCAAGGGAACUUCAGAGGAAAUAAGGAGGAGGGAGCAUACAGAAGGAUUAUGAAUAAGAGAAAGGGACAGGACGGCGGCGAUGGACCUCCAGACAAGAAGACGAAGCGUUGGAACCAACCACAGAAUGAGAAGAAAGCUAGGAAGGAAUUCGUUGGAAUGACCGCUGAAAAGAGAAAGAAACACACAUUCAACAAGGGACAGAAGAAAAAGAAGAUUUUAAGUGAAAUUCUUGCAAAUAAAUAAUAUUAGCUUUAAUUUUAGUUACGUUAGUGAUUUAAUAUACUUAGUCAUGUAUGUCGACGUAAAAAGAACUGGGGUAAUAUAGUACUUGCUUGGAAUGAGUUCAAUUGUUUUUUAAGAGUGUACCGAGCACUAGCGUCAUAUUUUUAUCACGCACAUUUAUCCCGCCAGAGUACAGCACUGUAUGUUAGGUACACAAAAGCUUUGCCGCCUUUGCUAUGUCGAUUAAAACGUUUAUUUUAGAGUACUUUAUUAAUCCUUUCAUUAUGUAAGCACCCGUUUGUGACAAUGUGCAACAAUGUAGCAUAUUCGGGUGCCGAAAUAUUAGGAAAAAUCGUUUUCCAUAAGAUAAAAAAAACUUCGAAAACUAUGGGAUACGCCUCGUGCUGUAAAAUUUUCGAGCCAGUAAACGGUCGAAAAGAACCUCGGAAAACUUGAAGAGUGAAGAGUUAUUAAAAUAUGGACUUCAUAUAGGUAGGAUUUUCAGUCAAAAUCAAGUUUAUAUCAGUUUAUGACCACAGUUGACCAAAUAAUGCAGAACAUAACCUAAAACAGUGUUAUUAUUUUCAGGAAAAUCCACUAAAUCCCUCCUUUUUCCUUUUAAACUCGCACCACGAUUGCGUAGAAGGUAUUCUUAGGGUCGUAAAUCUGCGACAAUAUUGAAAAUUGGCGCUUUUUGGCUCCAUUGGCAAUGUUUGUGUACCUUAGUUGUACCAGUCCAUCGCCAUCUGCGCUAAGCUUUGCGUAAUAUGCCCUAUGUAUUUUAAACGGAAGCAAAUUUUAAAUAUCUGUCUCGGACUAAUUAUGUUUCCCUAGAUAAAGUACUGCUUUAAAAAAUAUUAUAGUUUUAUAUUGGACACAGUUGCCACAGUCUACUAAAUGGGAACAGUGGUCACUAAUGUCAGUCUAGUAUAUUGUGAAUACAUAUUGUACAAUAGAAAACGAUAUUACUUUUUAAUUAAGUUCUUUAUAUAGUGUAGCAUAAUUUGUACAAGCUAGAUUUUUAAAAUUUGCUUUUAUUUAAAAGAAAUUGAUAAAAAUAUUAUGCUGGCGCUAGUGUGCACUCUGUGCGCUCUUUGUAAAUGUUGGUUUUUAUACGAUUGUCGUACUUUAUAAUAUACACAUGAUAAAAUAUCCGUGCACCCUGGGCUUCAGGCGUCACAGCCUUGAAUGCAACUGGGAAGUCGCGAAAAUGAGGUCCGUGUACUGUUUGGAAGAUAAGGGCCCGGCACCAUUGCUCCGUCGUGCACCGUUGCGUAAAUGCAGCGCUUUGCCGCUCCAUUGUGCUCUGUUAUUUUACAUAGAUUUUGACAUUGACAUUCGUCGACGUAUCUACUUCGAAACUCCAUAUAAUUUCAACGCAACGGAAAGCGACGGAGCAAUGGGGCCACUUUCUAAUUUGAAUAUUGUAUCAUAGUAUCAAUCAAUAUGGCGGAACGACAGUAUAUGACGUUUUAGAAAUCCUCAAAGUAUAUUUCUGUUUAGCCCUGUUUACAUUUCAUACGGAAGUUAUGUUAACCAUCAACACGAUCUUGUGAUGUUAUUUCAAUGUUAAUUUAAAAUAAAGAUUUAAAUUUUUA